CUUGCCUGCUGCUCUUUGCAUCACAAGACGCUGCCAUUCGCAGCGAUGCGACACGCGUGCCGAUAGCAGUGCAAAGUAGACGCAUUUCACGCGUAGCGAUCGACGCCGGCGACGCGCGUCGCAAAAAGCAGCGCUCGGCCACCUUGCCUCCAGCCCUUCAGCCACCAUGCUGCUGCGCUUGCGCGCGCGGCGGCGCCUCUUCCUGAGAAGACAGAAGUCCACGGCGCUGCCGCAGCGCCGCCCGCUCCCCCAGGGGCCGUCCUUCGCCGACUUUUUACGGAGGCCAUCAAUACCGCCGCCGCUCGAGGCGAUGCCGAGGGACACGCACGCAUUGCCGCGCGACGUCCUGACGGAUUCAUAUCGACGCUUCCACGGCUACCUCCGCAUGUCGCUCACCGAGCGGUGCAAUUUGAGAUGUAGGUACUGCAUGCCGGCCGAGGGCGUUUCCGAUUUGACGCCCUCACAUGAGUUACUGACAACAAAAGAGGUCGAGCGCGUCAUCAACGUCUUCGCGCGGGCCGGCGCGUCCAAAGUUAGAUUGACGGGCGGCGAGCCGACGCUGCGAAGAGAUUUGGUGGACAUCUGUUCAUCGAUCAAGCGGGACAAUCCUGGUGUGAAAUCGCUGGGCCUCACGACGAACGGCAUGAAGCUGCUAUCGCGGUCGGAUGGUGUGAGACUAGUGGAUGCGCUGGCAGCCUCGGGCGUGGACUCGGUCAACAUUUCCCUGGACUCGCUCGACGCCGACGUUUUCUCGCGCAUGACGCGGCGGCCAUCAUCGACCCAUAAACGGGUCCUGGAUGCGAUCGACGCGUGCGCUUCCCUCGGUUUAAAUGUUAAGGUCAAUUGUGUGGUGCUGCGAGGCGAGAACGAGCACGAACUAGCAGCUUUCGCAGAAAGGUGGGACUCGUCCGUGAAAGUCCGCUUCAUCGAGUGGAUGCCCUUCUCGGGCAACGCCUACGACGCGAAACGGUUGGUGCCCUACGCGGAAAUGAUGAAGAUGCUGCCUCCCUUGGUGCCGCUCCCAUCUAGUGAUAGACACGACACGACGAAAUGGUGGACCGCUGGCUCUUCACAAGUGGGCUUCAUCACGUCCAUGUCCGAGCACUUCUGUGGGUCGUGCAAUCGCGUGCGCGUGACGGCCGACGGGUCGCUCAAAACGUGUUUGUUCGGGUCCGAUUCUGUUUCGUUGAGGGACGCUUUACGAAGCGGCGUGUCGGACCGGGAGCUCGGCGAUUUAAUACAGGGCGCCCUCCUGAAGAAGCACUUCAAGCACGGCGGCCACGGGAACGCCGAGGGCGUCGCGCGGAACGCGUCCGAGAACCGGCCCAUGGUCAAGAUCGGGGGCUAGUAAUGUACAUAGUAGUAUCA